AUGUCGGACGGCGAGGAUAAAAAAAUUGUGCAAAUUUACGAAAAGCCAAAGCAACGAAAAAUGUUUAAGCCCAUAACAAAUUAUUGUAUAUUGGCCGCGUACUUCCGGUCGGGAGAGCCUGUCAACGGACGCACCGUGUACCCUCGGGAACAACCCCCGACCAACGAGAACGAACGAAACAAUGAUAAGUCCGCCGUGGACGAGGCUAACACCAGCGAACUGUUUCACGUGAAAGAAAAAAUGAAUGAGUAUGAAGCAUGCGUUUUGUAUAGAAACCAGAUGGGGUUCUGGUAA